GUAAUUAUUAAAUGCAGAUAACCUCGGCCUUAACCCAGAAUAAGAUGGAUCCGAUCAAUGGUAAUUUGACUUCCACCGCUCCGGUCGAGCCACUCUCAUUGACAGCCGCUGAACAAGUCGGUGGAGCGUUCUGCCAUCAGUUCUAUAUCACCGUCUCUGAGAACCGUAAAGCGAUUACCAAGUUCUAUGGACAUGAAUCGAAGUUCUAUUUGGAUGAUCAGGUGGUCACUGGAUCGCAGGAGAUUGUUAAGUUGUACAAUCAUCUACCAGAAACCACCCACUUCAAGAUUCAAUCUAUCAAGGGAUACCCAACCCCACACAAACAGGGAGUGAUUAUCAAUGUUAUCGGAACCGUUAACCUCCGUCCAUUCCUUCAAUCAUUUUUGCUUGGGCAACAAGGGCAGAAAAAAUACUAUGUCGAAUCAGACGCUUUUCAGUACAUUGAUAAGUUUUUCGUCGCGAAUACGGAAAAGGAGAAGACUACUUCGUCGACUGGUCAUAACGGACACGCCAGUGGAGCAAAUGGAAAGGAUUCCAAAUCUUCCAAAACCGAGCAACCUAAGGAACAAUCAAAGCCGGCUCCUCCAAAGCAGCAAACGCCAAAGAAAGCUGAAGAUCGUAUAGUGAAGCAAGACACUCCGAAAUCUGUGGAAAAGGAGGUAGCGAAAACACCGCAGAAACCACAGCUUGCCCAACAGCCCCCACAGCAGAGAGCCCCAGUUCCUGAGCCUGUUCAAGAACAGCCAAAGGUUCAGAAAACGUGGGCUAAUCUUGUGGGUGGAGGUGGAAAGUCUCAGCCCCCACAACAACAAAGUUAUGGACAAGGACAGCAAAUCCAUCAGCAAACACAAAUGCACCACAUGCAGCCUUCCAUGCAUCAGCAACAACAAGGAUCGCAUGCUCCUCUUUAUCAGCAACAGAGACAGUCGCACCCAGCUAAUGAAUUGCGCCAAGCUCAGGAAAGUUCAGAUGCCAACCUAAAUGAGCGUAAGAUCUAUUUGGGAGGAAUCACUCGAGAGAUUGUCCCCAGCAACACAGCUCAGGCUGAAUCGGAAAUCAAGCAGGUGUUCUACAAAUAUGGAGAAAUCGAGGAGGUUCGCAUGCCGCGCAAGGUUCUUGACAGUCCGAACGACACAUCGAAACAUGCCUUUGCAUUUAUUACCAUGCGUAACAAGGCCGGAGUAAAAGCCAUUUUCGAAGCGGCUACAAAGGAUGAGCAAGGCGUGUGGAAGCUUCCACUCAAACUGGAUGCAUUCGGAUUUGACGGACAUGCUCAAAUUAGUGAGCAACGUGAUCAACCACAAGGCGGCGGAUUCCGAGGAGGACGUGGAGGUUUCCAACCACGCGGUGGACAAUUCUUCCGCCGUGGCGGUUCGGGUGGUGCUCCACGAGGUGGUAUGCGCAGCGGUUUCCAAAAUGCGGGACAAAAUUAGAAGCUUUCCGUUCUCCUUUUUCCUUCUUGUAAGAAUUGCACAUCCAUUAGAUUCUGUACCUAUCCUUCUCAUUUUCCUAUUUAUUGUUUCUCCUUUCCUUCCUCACCGUUCUAAUAAUGAUGAUUUAAGUAAGAAGAUUCUGGUAUCUGAAUUUUAUGGCGUGUAGCGUUUUAGUAGAUCUCUCAACAAUCCAAUCCAAUCAGCCCGCAUCCCAUUUUCACAUCCUAUCUCCCCGGUUUUCGGUGAUUGACGACCGUGAUCCCAUCUGAGUUUACUCUUUUCGAGUACAAGUUGCAAUCAGACAUCAUCCCACCACCGAAUAUCCAAGUUGUAUUUGAAUGUUGUUUUAAUAUAUUACCACUUUCCUUCUCCUUUUACAAGCCCCCGUUAUUGUUUCCUUCAUUGGUGUUCGGGAGUACUCUUUGUACUCAAGUUCUUACCCCCAUUUUGGCACGUUGGAAUUAAAAUAAAGUUUUGUAUCUAAAUU